GUAUGAUUUAAGUUUACAAAAGUUUUCUGGAAACAAAAAUUACCAACUGAUUAGAUUUUAUUGCAAGUUUUGCGAUCCAAGCCGAUGAUAUAAAUUGUCAUUGAUAAUCAGAAACUUCCAUCACAGAACCAUAAUUCUCCUUAAAAUGAAGACAGCUUUUGCUUUAGUUUUGGUUGCGGCUUUUGUAGCCUUAUUCUCAUCGGCAGCAGCUCUCUACAGUAAUACUAAUGGAGAACCAAAGUGUACUGCCAGCAAUGUCCAAAUUGGAAUAUUCCGAAAUAAUUUUGAUCCUACAAGAUAUUGGCUUUGCGACUCAGUUGGUGCAGCCGCUAAGGAAGUUGGGUGUCCAAAUGAAUCUGGAUUUUUGGAUUCACAGAAAAAAUGUGUUAGUUGGACUGAUUGGGUUUGGGAGCAACCCAAUGAUCCACCAACUGCUUAAAAAGUGAUAAUUUGUGGUAGUAACUUGAAUACAACCACUUGUGAUUGUGAUUACAGAAUUUGAGUAAAAUAUAAAAUAGUGACGAUACAA